AAUCGAAAACGACAGCGUAUAACAAGAUUGGCUCAACAAAAAAGGGCUCUUCACUGCUAGACGGCUCGUCUUCUUCAAGCUAUAAACGAAAGUCGUCAGAAAACUCUCCUCUCACAACGCUCUUCCGAUAAGACUCAACACCACCAACCACUAUUUUCUUCCCUCCCUCGCUCCCUCUCCGCGAUGUCAGAGCACCAGUCGGAAGAAAUCCAGCAGAUCGAGAAGCUCUACGAGUUCAGCGAGCGGCUCAACGCCUCCAAGGACAAGUCCCAGAAUGUAGAGGAUUACGAGGGGAUAAUCAAGAUGGCGAAGACGAGUAUGAAGGCGAAGCAGCUUGCGUCGCAGCUGAUCCCUCGCUACUUCAAGUUCUUCCCCACUCUCUCUGACCAGGCUUUCGAUGCUCAUAUGGACUGUAUCGAUGAGGAGAAUCUUGGGGUUCGGGUUCAAGCCAUUCGUGGACUCCCACUCUUCUGCAAGGAUACUCCAGAUAUUAUAUCCAAGAUUGUUGAUGUUCUUGGGCAACUUCUUAAUUCUGAGGAAACUGUGGAGCGGGAUGCUGUGCAUAAGGCUCUGAUGUCACUGAUACGACAGGAUCCAAAAGCAUCUUUGACUGCACUGUUUACGCAUGCUGGAGUAACUCCAACUACGGACGAUCAGAUUCGUGAAAAGGUCUUGAAUUUCAUCAGAGAUAAGGUGUUUCCUCUUAAAGGGGAACUUUUAAAGCCUCAAGAGGAAAUGGAAAGACAUAUAACAGAUUUGAUCAAACAGAGCCUAGAAGAUGUAACUGGAGGAGAAUUUAAAAUGUUUAUGGAUUUCCUGACAAGUUUGAGUAUAUUUGGAGGGAAAGCUCCUCAAGAAAGAAUGCAAGAACUUGUGGAAAUUAUCGAAGGGCAGGCCGAUUUGGACGCACAGUUUGAUGUUUUAGAUACAGACCAUAUUGACAGGUUGAUCUCAUGUCUCCAAUUGGCUCUUCCCUUUUUUGCGAGAGGUGCUCCAACCAGCAGGUUUCUCAACUAUUUGAACAAACAUAUCAUACCUGUUUUUGACAAGCUCCCAGAAGAGAGGAAGCUUGAUUUGCUCAAAGCUCUUGCUGACAUUUCCCCAUACACAACUGCUCAGGAGGCAAGACAGAUGCUUCCUUCAAUUGUUCAGCUUCUAAAGAAAUACAUGCCCGCCAGGAAGACUGGAGAGGAAAUGAAUUUCACGUACGUGGAAUGUUUGUUGUACGCGUUCCAUCACCUGGCCCACAAGGUUCCAAAUGCAACAAACAGCUUGUGUGGGUAUAAGAUUGUGACCGGCCAGCCAUCAGACAGACUGGGGGAGGACUUCUCGGAGUUGAACAAGGACUUCACUGAGAGAUUGACAACCGUUGAAGAUCUGACCAAGACAACGAUGAAGAAAUUAACUCAGGGAAUGACGGAGCACAACAAAGCCAUGUCGGCUGCUAAGACAGAUGAAGAGAAGGCAAGCGUUAAAACAAAGAAGCAGAAUACGACAACUGGACUUAGGACCUGUAAUAACAUAUUGGCAAUGACAAAGCCACUGCAUGCAAAAGUGCCUUCAUUUAUCGGAGAUACUAAUAUCAACCUUUCUUGGAAAGAAGCCACAAAGCCGUUACCCUCUGCAACAACAACAAUCGGAGGAAAACGACCUGCUAAUAGCAACACUGGAAGUGUUAACAAUGUCUCUGCAAAGAGGGGACGUGGUUCGGGUGGUAUGUCAAACCAGCUUGUAAACAAGGCUUUUCAGGGAAUAUCAUCUCACGGUGGUGGUAGAGGAGGAAACCGAAGACGCGGAGGUGGUCGCGGGAGAGGACAAGGAAGAGGUCACUGGUAACAAUAAGUUUCCAUGAGUGGAUUCCAUGACACUAUGCUUCUGUACUCUUUACAUUUUCUAUUUGUCAGUAGGAGUUUUGGUUUGGUACUUGCUAGUUUGCUAGCUAGAGUUUGGGGACUUAUCGCAUCAGAACAAAUCGUUGUGUCUUUCUUUAUUCGCGAUGGAGAAUAUUGAGUCGAGACUCUUUUAACUUUUCAUGAGAUCAAAACAAUAGUUCUAGCA